CCUCACUCUUUCAUCUUUUUAUCAAACCCUAUUUUGACCUAAUUUUCAAAUCCGCCCCUCCUCUUUCCAUAUAUCCUUCUCGUCCUCCUCCUUAUUAGGGUUUCCUAAUUUAUUCCUCCUGCCUUGCUUCAUUCCCACUUUUCUCUUCUCCAAGGUUUCCUCUUCUUCGUUUCCAGUAUUGGGUCGUGUUCGCUUUUGUCUUCAAUGGACCUUGACGGUGUUCGCAAGAGGGAACGAACUGAAACCGCUUUGAAUGGCAAUGGCGGCUUCAAGAAGUCCAAGCCAGAAAUGGACUCCUUAUCUACUGGUUUAGGAAGCAAAUCGAGGCCUUGCACAAAGUUUUUCAGCACUUCUGGUUGCCCUUUUGGCGAGGGGUGUCAUUUUGCGCAUUAUGUUCCGGGUGGAUUCAAAGCAAUUUCUCAGAUGAUCGGUCCUGCUCUUCCACCUGGGAUUAGAAAUCCAGCUCCUCCCCAAUCCUUUCCAGAUGGUGUUUCUCCUCCAGCCGUCAAGACACGUUUGUGCAAUAAAUUCAACUCAGCCGAAGGCUGCCGGUUCGGUGACAAGUGCUAUUAUGCUCAUGGUGAGUGGGAACUUGGAAGACCGAACCCACCGCAAGAUCACGGUGGAGUGGGACCAAUGCAACAACCCAGGAUGGGUGGUGGCUGGAAUAUGCCUCCACCACCACCUAACCAUGGACCUGCGGCUAGCUUUGGGGCCUCUGCAACUGCAAAGAUUAGUGUCGAUGCAUCACUUGCAGGCCCCAUUAUUGGUAAGAAUGGUGUCAACUCGAAGAAUAUCUGUCGUAUGACAGGGGCAAGGCUUUCGAUAAAGGAACACGAGUCAGACCCUAACCUGAAGAACAUUGAGCUUGAGGGUACUUUUGAUCAGAUCAAUCUAGCUAGUUCAAUGGUGCGCGAGUUGAUUGCGAACGUUGGCGCUGCCUCGGCCAAUAAUGCCAUGAAGCAGCAUCAGCAUCAGCAGCAUCAUCAUGCUUCUGGCAUGCAGCAAUCUUCUGGUUCAGCAAACAACUUUAAAACCAAGCUUUGUGCUAAUUUUACAAAAGGUACUUGUACGUUUAGAGAGAGAUGCCAUUUUGCUCAUGGUGAAAGUGAGUUACGCAAACCAGGUAUAUGAAUGAAUGAAAACACUUUUGCCAGCAGUCUUUGUAGCAGUCAGCGCGAUCUGUUCUUGAACAAAAUGUUAUUUUGUUCUGCUUUUCUCUGUUUGAAUCAUUUGUUAAUUCUGAAAUACGUUAUCCGAUUACUUUGUAAGACGAGCAUUUUUCAUCUAAGAAAUCGGGACGAGAUUUUGUAAGCUCUUUAACUUAAAUGGAAUCAGCUCAUGCUGUUCUCUUUUUUACAAUAUUGUA